UUGAUCCAUACGAAAAAGCUUGGGAACCUACUCAGUUUGGUCCUAACUCUCAUGCAAUUCAUACUUUGACUUGAACACAUAAUCCCCACCUCGAAGGCUCACUAUUUUCAUAUGUUAAUGGCAGGUUCUUAUUCCUAAGUUAACGAUCGACCCAUUCAUGCAUGCUUGUUUCCUUCGAUGGUGGCGUCGAAGCUCGGAACAUUGUUGAAUAAGUCUUUAAAACUCAACCAAGCAAAGCAAAUCCACGCACUGAUACUCGUUAAUGGCCUUUACCAUCUUGAACCGUCACUCGUUCAUCAAGUCCUCGUUUCCGCUUCCAAUCACUCUCAGAGCACCGGUCGAUAUGUCCAGCUGAUCCUCAACCGCAUGCAAAUCCCAGAUGUGUUUUCUUGGUCAUGUGCAAUUAGAUCUCUUUCCCAGAAAAAUCAGUUCGGAGAAGCUUUUGCUCUGUAUGUGCAGAUGCAACGAUUGGGGCUUUGUCCAACUACGUUUGCCCUUUCCUCCACGCUUAAGGCCUGUGCCAGGAUUUUGAACAAAAUGGGUGGGAUUUCAAUCCAUGCUCAGAUUCAAAAAUUUGGGUUUUGUGGGGUUGUUUACGUUGAAACAUCUGUUAUGGAUUUCUACGCGAAGCUGGGAGAUAUGGGGACUGCACGGAAGGUGUUUGAUGAAAUGGCUGAGAGAAAUGUGGUUUCUUGGAACUCAAUGCUGUAUGGGUAUUUGAAAUCAGGGGAUUUAGCUAUGGCUCAAAAUGUGUUUGAUGAGAUGCCGGUGAAGGAUAUUGUUUCUUGGAAUUCAAUGAUUUCAGGGUAUGGGAGAGAGGGAAAUAUGGAGCAGGCAUGUGCUUUGUUUCGACAGAUGCCGGAAAGAAAUAUUGCUUCUUGGAAUGCAAUGAUUGGUGGCUAUUUAGAUUGUGGGAAGAUAGAGUUAGCACGCAGUUUCUUUGAUGCAAUGCCCGGAAGAAAUAAUGUUUCUUGGAUUACAAUGAUUACUGGAUACUCAAAAUGUGGUGAUGUUGAGUCUGCUCGGGAUCUCUUUGAACAGAUGGUUGAGAAAGAUCUGUUUUUGUAUAAUGCCAUGAUAGCUUGCUAUGCACAAAAUAGCCGAUCAAAAGAAGCCCUUCAGUUGUUCGAUAGGAUGCUUCAACCUGAUGUCAAUAUUCAGCCGGACAGAAUGACAUUUGCAAGUGUUAUAUCUGCUUGUUCUCAAAUGGGAGAUCUAAGAUAUGGGUCUCAAAUGGAGACACGCAUGAUUGAACUUGGUAUUGCAAUGGAUGACCAUUUGGCUACUGCUUUAAUCGACUUGUAUGCAAAGUGCGGAAGUAUUGAUAAGGCGAACGAGUUGUUCCAGGGCUUGAAAAAGAAGGAUUUGAUUGCUUAUACUGCAAUGAUUUUGGGAUGUGCCAUAAAUGGUAGGGCGAAUGACGGCAUCAAAUUAUUUGAAGAGAUGAUGAAGGCCCAAAUUUACCCAAAUUUAGUUACCUUCUCUGGUAUAUUAACUGCCUAUAACCAUGUUGGUUUGGUUGAAGAAGGCUAUAAAUGCUUCGUCUCAAUGCAGAAGCAUGGACUUGUGCCUUCAGCUGACCAUUAUGGAAUUAUGGUCGAUCUCUUAGGACGAGCAGGGCGGUUAGAAGAAGCAUAUAAGUUGAUAGAAACCAUGCCAAUGCAGCCUCAUGCGGGGGUUUGGGGAGCAUUGCUUCUUGCUUGCAGUUUACAUAAUAAUGUUGAGCUUGGGGAGAUUGCAGCUAGCCAUUGCUUCAAGUUGGAGCCUGAUACAACCGGCUAUGCUUCUCUGCUUGCGGGUAUCUAUGCCUCUGUCGGGAGGUGGGACGAUGCCACGAGUUUGAGAAACAACAUGCAGGAGAAGGGGUUGUCCAAGGUUCCUGGUGUUAGUUGGACAGAAUAGGCUUGAGCUGAAACCAAAUGUGGUGAAGACAGUUGAUUGUAUAUAUACAGAUAACAAACAUAUGCUUAUCUUCAUUGCUUGUUGGGAGGUGGGAUAAUGCUAUGACUAUGAGUCCGACUAGAGUUUGCAGGAAAAAGGAGCUUUGCAAGACUCCUGGUUAUGGUUGGAACGCCAACGGAGCUGAGUUGAAUCCAUGUGUAGGGAAGGGAGGCUAUACAUUGGAUGGCCACUUCAUUCUUUUAUUCUCCAUGCCUCGUGUUCUUUGCCUUCCUUGUUUCAUCGGCCAAAUCCAUAUUGUUGUCUUUGUAUUGUUUUUUUUUUGCGUGGCCAUUCAAAUUUUUCAUUUUUUUAAUUAUACCUUAUAUCUAUAUUUUC